AUGUCCUCUCUCACCCAAACCCUCCCACCCCCACAACCUCAACCGCAGGCGAUGUCUUCCUCGCGUCUGCUUACGCCGACCACGCUUCCUAUACCAUUACUGUCCUCCCAGCUAGCGAAGAGGUACAGCUAUGCGCAAACCGUGCUCGUCCCGGUCUACUACUAUCUCCGUGCCUCGGCGCUGGUCGCCGACCCUAUUCCGACUAUGCUCACAGACCUUCUGGUCAUUGGACUCGCACAAGCCGUUUUCUGCGCAGUAUGUCUGCCCAGCGCGGGGUAUUGGGUCAGCGGGACUACGGGGGGCAAGAUCGUGGAGGGGACUGCCACUGCUACGAAACCUUCGAAGAGUGGAAAUAGAUCUGUCAGCGGUGCUGCAGGCGCAGGCGGUGGUCUGAGGAAGAAAGCCGGGUCUAGCAAAACCGAUGCUGCGAGUGGGAGCUUCAAUUCACGGGUCAUGCCGACAUUCUUCUCCCUCGUCCUUACGCUCUUCCUACCUCCCAUACCAUUGGCAGUCAUGGCCCUCGUCCUCGGCGCGCCUUUGUAUCCGACCUCCUCCCUGCCCACGACGCUUGUCCUGGCUGUGCAUGUCUCACUUCUCGGGUUUCUGCCAAUUUUCUAUACGCACGGGGUGUCAAGUCCAGCCUGGCGCGACGUGGCUGCUGCGUGGCUGCCGUUUGACGAGGCGGGUGUGUGGGCAGGGACUGUAGGUGGGAUGGUCGGCGGGUGGAUCGGUGCGGUGCCCAUGGCUCUUGACUGGGACCGGGAGUGGCAGAAGUGGCCUUGUACGGUGCUUUGGGGGGUUGUGGCGGGGUGGGCGGUUGGAAGGGUUCUUACGAGUGUCCUGAGGUUGGGCAUCGGGAGGAGGAUUAAUUUGAGUGAACACGAGGAGCGAGAUGAGGUUAUUCCUGCGGGUGGUGUUGCGGCUGCUACGACAGGCAAGAUGGUGACUGAUGGCAAGAUUGAUUGA